ACUUGCACAUUGUCGAGGUACCCGACCAUGACGAUCUCCAGGGAUAUACUCCUCGGUCUUGUCCACCAACCUCCGACCUCAACCGUGGCAAUCAUCUUCCUCAAUCAUGCUAUCUAUUCAUCCAUUCAGCUCGUUAUCAAACCCACAUGGGUCGCCUCCAAAGCCUGUGUCAACACUGAUCCGCCUGCCAUCAUCGACGCGUCUCUUUCCUUGCGGAGGAACAAAAGCUCCAUGAAAAGCUCGUGACAGAUUUCUCUCCACCGUGCUGUACAUAUAAAACUACACAAGAUGGCAAUUGAACAUGUGGGCCUCUUGUUCCUGCGCGCCCUCUAUACCCGGGCAAAAUGGUCGCUCUGUUUGGUGCCGCUGGUGUCCUCCUUGGACUACCGUUGCUUGUGUCUGCGGCUCCGUCCGGAUAUAUUUUGGAACGCAGGGAUUUCGACUUUGAAGCUCACCUAGGGAACUUGUCUCCAUAUCAUAAAGCUCCUCUGCAGAGCGGGUUGAAGGCGGAUUUACCGGCAGAUUGCAAGGUGGAGCAGGUCGUGUUGAUGCAUAGACAUGGUUCAAGGUUUCCUUUAAGUAAUGAGCUACCGUUCAUCACCAACCUCGUAUCCAAGCUGUCAAACAACUCUGCGGCAAUCCAAAAGGCGAAGCUUCCAGAUAAUUUGGCGUUCCUGAAGGAGGGUUAUACUACGACUUUGGGUGUCAAUGAUUUAACUGCCCCGGGUAGGGCGCAAUUAUUUCAGCAUGGUGUCGCGCUCCGUUUAAAGUAUCCUCAGUUCGAAGGAACCACCGUCCUUGCUGGUCUACAAGAUCGCGUGAUAGAAUCGGCUCAGUGGUUUGCUCAAGGUUAUUUUGGACGAGAAUGGACAUCGCUAAACGCGACUGCCUUCUCAACCCUCCCAGAAGACAACCAAACAGUCUCGUGGAUCACACCCGACUGGACAUGUCCAAAUUGGGACUACAACUUUGGUAACAACCUUACGGUCGAAUGGGGCCAACUUUACCUCCCACCAAUUGCCAAACGUCUUAAUAAGGUCAUUCCCGGAUUGAAUCUCACGUCAGACGAUGCACAUGGUGCUCUGUUCGCAUGUGCUUAUGACCUUGCUGCACAUGGAAUCUCGCCGUGGUGCAGCGCUUUCACGCAAAGUGAAAUCCAGGACUUUGAAUAUGAACUAGACUUACUUAUGAACGGCGCCUUUGGAUAUGGGCUCCCGGGCGAUAUGGGUCCUAUUCUCGGUGCAGUCUACGUGAACACUCUAAUUGAACGUUUGACGAACGGUUCGGGAACUGCACUCCCGAUUUACCUCGAGUUUGGUCAUGAUACCUCCAUUGACUUGGCCUUGACUGGUCUUGGAUACGUCAAGGACUCACCUCCGCUUCGUAACUCAGCCAACGGGCCCAUCCGCACUAAUCGCAAAUGGCGAACCUCGAGCCAAGUCCCGUUCGCGGCUCAAAUGGUAUGGGAGAAAUUCACGUGUUCUUCGUCGUAUGUUAUUUUUUUCUUUUCAUGUUCCGCCGUGUGUCUAGUAUUGAUAUGUACUUACAUGGUUUCUUUACUGGUUAUAGAUUCAGAGGCCCGCAAGUGCGUCUACUGCUGAAUGAAUCACCGUUCCCUUUGUCGCUUUGCAAAAAGAUGGACAGGAAACUUGGGACGUGCUCGUUGGAUGACUUCAUUGCUUCCAACGGCGCUGCUACCCAGCUGAAAUGGGGAGAUGAGAGCUGGAACGCUACGUGUGGACAUCCAGGGUCUUAAGAGUAAUUCGUACGGAUGGUAGCACCUUAUGCAGGUCACUUAGAAUCAUUGGUUGCCUGACAUUGGCGGGGGAGUCCUAUGGUUCGACCCUUUUUGCAUUGGUUGAAUCUUACGCCGCAAAUUGAUUUCCAUUGUUACUCGUUGUUCUUGUCCCUGAUACAUUGGGCUCAUCACGUCCAUCAUGCUCAGACACGAGCUUGUCGCUGAAUGUUGCAUACGGCUUUGACGAGCGGCUCUGACUCGGAAGUGCUCCCGUUCUGCGUUAUUGCGUCGAUUAUUUACCCUUUUAUUUUACCGAUCCAUCAAGGGUGUCCAGUAAAUAAGUUUCAUUUACCAUAAGUUACCGUAAUAUAGUCUCUGAUUUGAGUUAUAUGC